AUGCCGACAGCUCGAAAGACCUAUGCUGAUCCAGAUACUCGCAACCAGGCUGGACGUACAUCCUCCAACAAGGAGAAUGCAGUGAAGGUCGUUGGCUGCCACACAGGAGAAGGAUCGCCUCGAAAAGAAAAAAAGCGAGAAGAGCGCAAGAAAAAGAAGGCGCGGAAAGAGGCCAAAGAGGCGGGGGAGCCUCGCGCUAGUGAUGAUGAGCUCGAGGAGCUGCCAGAUGCCAUGUUCACUUCUCGCACCGUUGUGUCAAAACCUGCGGAACUGGCUGCCCGUGCAAGCAGGAUUCCACCCACCCCCAUUCUGCCUUCUGCAACAGUUUCACGUGGUCGAUCCACCCAACGCCAAGUACCUCCAUCUCACUUCCAGUCUCCCUCGCACUCCCGAACACCCUCAUGCUCCCAGUCUCGCUCACACUUGGGUGCCCCCUCAGCCUUGCGCUUGGGUUCUUACUCCCGCUCCUGCUCCUGCUCCCACCCUCCAUCCCAUUCCCACUCACACUCCUUCUCUCGCACCACUACAUCUGCAGUAGGACUUCGCUCAGGCUCCCCACAGUCCGGUGAAAAGCAUGCUCGCCCGCUUGAGGAUGAUGGUGAGGAAGAGGAGGAGGAGGAACAUGAUUGUCACCCCCCUCCCCCUGUUGUCCACGCACAGAAACUCAACAACGACAAUUCGCGACCCAAAGCUGCAGACUACGACAGUAUCAGCCAAGACACUAUCCUCGCCGCAGCAAGUUACUACCGUGUUCUUCUUUUUACAGAGAACACUUUCCCCGAUUCUGCCACCAAAGUACAGUUCCUCCGUCGAGCCUGGAAGCACGCCAACGACGACUCAGGUAUGGAGCACCUUCUGCUUGAUGCCGACGUGGCAAAAAUUGUCAAGGCUUGUGGAUCUCAAGCCCGCGGCAAGGCCAAGUCCAAGACUCAGGCCUUAUUUGAAGUUCUUUACAGGUUCGAUUCAGGUUGUGGCAAAUCGGCGAUCAAGAAAAACCGUGAUAAGGCUGAACGCCUUAAGCAUGAAAAGGGCUUUGUUUACAAGGAGCUCGAAGAUCUUAACGAUCCCGAGAGUCAUCGCAAGGGGAUGUACCAGCACCCCAUCAUUCAAAAAGCCGUCAAUUGCAUGUGGUUCAAGAACCGACGUGAUGAAGGAAUCCUCUUUGAGACUCUAUUCGAGGGCAUGCCCCUUCCAGCAAUUGCCCUUCUCUUGACUGCGAUUGAAGCCAAUAUUGAUGAGUGGCUGACCAGAAUCAGGGUUGCCGCUUCCUUCUUUGCCGACGAAUACCGGAAAGUAUACGCUUCACACCUAAACUCUCUGAUGAGUUUUGCGGAUUAUAGCUGUGACCAGGGUAUUGUAAAACGGCUUCGGUGGCGAUGGUACAACUAUGGGCAUCAGCACGCCGGUGCGCCUUCCACCUCUCUCAAGGACAUUCCUGCCAUCCCUGUCUCUGUGUUUGCAGCUGCUGUACUGGAGUAUGAGGAGAGCUCGGAGACGGAUGACGAUGGUGAUAUGCUUAUUGAUUAG